CCUCUAACCUGUCUCACCAACUCACAUCUAGAAGCAAUUAGGGUCAUUGCCCUUUCUCUCUCUCUCUCUCUCUCUUUCUCUCUCUAAAGAGUCAAAAGCCUAUAUAAAACCUCAUCUCAAGUCCUCUCAAGGGCCGGCCUUAAUGUUCCAGCAACAACAAAAGAAGAAAGAAGAAAAAAGAAAAAGAAAACAAGCCCUUCAUUUCUACCAUAUAGUCACUAAAAAAGGAAGAAGAUCAAGGAAAUCCCUGAUAGCUAUAGCUGUUGAGCUAUUUUAACUGUUGAGUUUUGUUUCUAUAAUUCCCAACUAAAAAAAUGGGAAGGUCUCCUUGUUGUGAAAAAGCGCAUACAAAUAAAGGUGCAUGGACUAAAGAAGAAGAUGAUCGCCUUAUUGCUUACAUUAGAGCUCAUGGUGAAGGCUGUUGGCGUUCACUUCCUAAAGCUGCUGGUCUUCUUCGUUGUGGUAAAAGCUGUAGACUUCGUUGGAUCAACUAUUUAAGACCUGACCUUAAACGUGGUAAUUUUACUGAGGAAGAAGAUGAACUCAUUAUCAAACUCCAUAGUCUUCUUGGUAACAAAUGGUCUCUUAUUGCUGGUAGAUUACCAGGAAGAACAGAUAAUGAGAUAAAGAACUAUUGGAACACACACAUAAGAAGAAAGCUUUUGAAUAGAGGAAUAGAUCCUGCGACACAUAGGCCACUUAAUGAGCCAACUCAAGAAACUGCAACAACAGCUACAACAACAGCAACAACAAACACAAUAACUUUUUCUACUAUUAAAGAAGAAAAAGAAAGAAUUAGCACACCAACUACCCCCAGUACGUUUAUAUGCAAAGAGGAGAUAAACCCAGUUCAUGAAAGGUGUCCAGACUUGAAUCUUGAGCUAAGAAUUAGCCUCCCAUACCAAAGCCAACAGCAGCACGUUGUUGAGCCAUUAAAAACUGGAGGAAGAAUUCUUUGUUUUGCUUGCAGGCUGGGUCUACAAAAUAGCAAGGAUUGUAGUUGUAGUAUUAUGGGUUCUGGUAUUGGAAGCAGCAGUGGCAACAGUAAUUCUGGCUAUGAUUUCUUAGGCAUGAAAAGUGGUGUUUUGGAUUAUAGAAGCCUGGAAAUGAAAUAAAGGAACAAACACUUGUACUAUUAAUGUUGAUUUUAUAGCUGAAAAAGAAUCUCUCUAAUUUCUCAAAUUUGUAUGAUUAUUAAAUAUUAAAUAUAUAGUAUAGCAUACUUCUAGUACAGUUGAUUAUGAUUAA